AUUAUCGUCACAGGUUGGAGAGCUCACUCCCUUGCUGGCUGCAUCGGAAGAGGCCCCUUCUGGCUCCCAGUGCAGGGAGGGCAGCUGCUCAGCAUGAUCCUCCUGGCUGUGCUCUUCCUCUGCUUCAUCUCCUCCUACUCAGCUUCUGUUAAAGGUCACACAACUGGCCUUUCACUAAAUAAUGACCAGAUAUAUAAGCUCACAUAUUCCACUGAAGUUUUUCUUGAUGGAGGCAAAGGAAAACCCCAAGACAAUGUGGGCUACCGAAUUUCAUCCAGUGUGGAUGCUGUCUUGCUGUGGAGGAGCCCUGACGGUGAUGACGACCAACUAAUCCAAAUCAAGAUGACAGAUGUAAAAGUUGAAGAUGUGAAUCAGCAGAGAGGGGAGAAGAGCAUCUUCAAAGGAAAAAAUUCACCUAAAAUCCUAGGAAAGCAAAACUUGGAGGCUCUGCAAAGACCCAUACUCCUUCAUCUAAUCCGUGGAAAGGUCAAAGAGUUCUACUCAUAUCAGAACGAGCCAGUGGCCAUAGAAAAUCUCAAGAGAGGCCUGGCCAGCCUGUUUCAGAUGCAAUUAAGCUCUGGAACCACCAAUGAGGUAGAUGCUUCUGGUCAUUGUAAAGUGACCUACCAGGCUCAGCAGGAUAAAGUGGUCAAAAUUAAGGCCUUAGAUUCAUGUAAAAUAGAGAGGUCUGGAUUUACAACCCAAAAUCAGGUCUUAGGUGUCAGUUCGAAAGCUACCUCUGUUACUACCUAUAAAAUAGAAGACAGCUUUGUGUUAGCUGUGGUUUCAGAAGAAAUCCAUACUUUUGUGCUGAAUUUCCUAAACACCAUAAAAGGAAGAAUAGUAUCACAGCAGAAAUUAGAGCUGAAGACAACUGAAGCAGGCCCCAGACUGAUCCCUGGCAAGCAGGUUGCCACUGUAAUUAAAGCAGUUGAUUCAAAGUACACAUCCAUCCCCAUUGUGGGGCAGGUCUUCCAGAGCGCAUGUAAAAAAUGUCCUUCUCUCUUGGAGCAUUGGCAGUCGGUCAGGAAACACCUGCAGCCGGACAACCUCUCCAAGGCUGAGGCCGUCAGGAGCUUCCUGGCCUUCGUCCAGCAACUCAGGAAUGCAAAGAGAGAAGACAUCCUGCAAGUCCUAAAAACCUCAAGUCAAGAUGUCCUCCCGCAGCUUGUAGAUGCCAUCACCUCCGCGCAAACCCCGGACUCACUAGAAGCCAUUUUGGACUUUUUGGAUUUCAAAAGUGACAGCAGCAUUAUCCUCCAGGAGAGGUUUCUCUACGCCUGUGGAUUUGCCUCCCAUCCUGAUGAAGAACUCCUGAGAGCCCUCAUCGGGAAGUUCAAAGGUUCUUUUGGGAGCAAUGACAUCAGAGAGACUGCUAUGAUCAUAAUCGGCGCCCUUGUCAGGAAACUGUGCCAGAAUGGAGGCUGCAAACUCAAAGCAGUAGUUGAAGCCAAGAAGUUAAUCCUGGGAGGACUUGAAAAGCCAGCGAAAAAAGAAGACACGAAGAUGUACCUGCUGGCCCUGAAGAACGCCCUGCUCCCGGAAGGCAUCCCGCUCUUGCUGAAGUAUGCAGAGGCCGGCAGAGGGCCCAUCAGCCACCUGGCCACCACCACCCUCCAGAGAUACGAUGUCCUCUUCAUCACAGAUGAGGUUAAGAAGACCUUGAACAGGAUAUAUCAUCAGAAUCAUAAAGUUCACGAAAAGACUGUGCGCACUACGGCAGCUGCUGUCAUUUUAAAGAACAAUCCAUCCUACAUGGAGGUAAAAAACAUCCUGCUUUCUAUCGGGGAGCUUCCCAAAGAAAUGAAUAAAUACAUGCUCGCUGUGAUUCAAGACAUUCUGCGCUUUGAAAUGCCUGCAAGCAAAAUGGUUCGCCGAGUGCUCAAGGAAAUGGUCCCUCACAAUUAUGACCGAUUCUCCAAGAGUGGAUCCUCUUCUGCCUUUACUGGCUACAUAGACCGUAGCCCCCACUCAGCUUCCACUUACAGCCUCGACAUCCUUUACUCUGGUUCUGGCAUUCUAAGGAGGAGCAACCUGAAUGUCUUCCAGUACAUCGGGAAGGCUGAUCUCCAUGGUAGCCAGGUGGUCAUAGAAGCCCAAGGGCUGGAGGCCUUGAUCGCAGCCACUCCGGAUGAGGGCGAGGAGGACCUGGACUCCUACGCCGGCCUGUCUGCCAUCCUCUUCGACAUUCAGCUCAGACCUGUCACGUUCUUCAAUGGCUACAGUGAUUUGAUGUCCAAAAUGCUGUCUGCAACCAGUGACCCUGUCAGUGUGGUGAAAGGACUUAUUCUGCUAAUAGACCAUUCUCAGGAGCUUCAGUUGCAAUCUGGACUAAAGGCCAACAUAGAGGUCCAGGGUGGUCUAGCUAUUGACAUUUCAGGCUCAAUGGAGUUUAGUCUGUGGUACCGUGAGUCAAAAACCCGAGUGAAAAAUCGGGUGGCUGUGGUGAUAAAUGCAGAUGUCACGGUGGACUCCUCUUUUGUGAAGGCUGGCCUGGAAGCCAGGGCAGAGUCGGAGGCAGGCCUGGAGUUUGUCUCCACGGUGCAGUUCUCCCAGUACCCCUUCUUGGUCUGCCUGCAGAUGGACAAGGCUGAUGCUCCGCUCAGGCAAUUUGAGAUGAAGUACGAGAGGCUGUCCACCGGCAGAGGCUAUGUGUCCCGGAAGCAAAGAGAGAGGCUGCUGGCGGGCUGUGAGCUGCCGCUGCAUCAGGAGAACUCCGACAUGUGCAACAUGGUGUUUGCCCCGCAGCCGGAGAGCUCUUCCAGUGGAUGGUUUUAAGGCCGGCCUGUGAUGUUUCACUUGCAGUUUUCCCUGACAGGGAUACGAUGUGAACUGCCUAAGUACUUGCUCCCUGAGAGCACGGUGUUUACAUGUUUACCCAUAUUUAAGAGUUUUGUAAAGAGCUAGGAGAAACGUCCGUUGAUUAGAUUUGGGCGGUGUCCCUUUGAGGCAUCUCGUGACACCUCCAAGAUGUGAUGCGACACUUAGUUUCCCUGUUCCUCUUUCAACUCCCGUUAACACAGGGAAUGUAGUGCUGCUCUGGGAAGAAACCAGUGUUUGCUGAAAAACAGAGCCACACACUCAGGAGAAUCUGAUUUUGUCUGAAUAACUUUCAGUCAAUGUAUAGAAAGCCUUUGGUGGAACCUUGAGUAUGGCUCGCUUUCUAUGAAACAUUGCCUAAUUAGGGGGGAAAGGCCAUGUUUUUCUUCUCUUCUUUUUCUUGGGGGUAGUGAGUGCAGGGAGAGGGUGGCUAUGACUUUUAAAAGGAUUUUGUUAGCCAACCUCAAGAAUUAGUAUUUAUACUUCUGUUAUUGGUUUUGUCAAGCAUUAAGGGAGAGGCACACAGACAUGGCCAUGCAAUGAAGCCUCGGCCGGCCUUGGCAAAUAGAGGUGAGAACACCUGACUCCAGAACCACUGUGUGCUCGUCCUUAUGCUGAAUCUUUUGGACUUCAGUGUGGUCACUGGCUUUAUAAGGGACGCCCCACAGUCCCCCACUUUCUCUUUGUGGCACGAUAGCCAGAACACAGUGUUUUUUACAAACAGGUGAAUUUGGGCUUUAAAACUAUGUACUCAAAUAAAGAGUCUCUUUAUUUGUAUGAAUUAAAAGCCAUGUUGGAUAUUUUAAAAUACUUAUUAAUGAAACGAAUGUGUUCACUGUGAUAAAACCCCAAAAUCAAUGACAGGUGCUCCUUUGCCCAUGAGACACACACACACCACGUGGAAAUGUAGCCACCCAGGAAUCACACUGUACACCGAGAUGACGUGUGAUGAAAUAAAGGUGUGGAAAUCUUA